AUGGGCAUCAUUCGAUUUCCUUCUUUGACAACCAAAACCAAACAUUUCAGCAAAUUACAUGCACUUUGCAACCGAAGUAAGUUGGAUGUACCAAAAGGUUACUUGGCUAUCUAUGUUGGAGAAACUCAAAAAACUCGAUUUGUUGUUCCAUUAUCUUUUCUGGAGCAUCCUCUAUUUCAAGAUUUGCUUCGACAGUCAGAAGAGGAGUUUGGGUUUGAACAUCCUAUGGGAGGUCUAACUAUUCGUUGCCAAGAAGAUUCCUUCACUGAUCUUAUCUCUAGAUUACCUAUUUCAUGA